CCUAACAUUGUUAGGCUAACAUCAAAAUGGAACAUUUUUUAGCAUGUUAUCUCGAACAAUUUAACAGCGUUCCCAGAAAUAGUCUACACGACAGGCGAAAAAGAUAUGACAUGGUCGACUACAUAAGCACUUUGAUCGAAGCCUGUAGAGAAAAAAAUGAAGAACCUGAAGACGCAGCUAACGAAGCUGUAACCCAUCUCAUAGAUUACCAUGAAAAAAUGCGAUCAACCAACUCAAAUGUUUGCCUCAUGGGGAAAUACCACAACAUUCUUUAUGUAGCUCUAAAAUUGUGUUACCUAUGGCAACUGAAGAACACUAAAACCAUAGCUUCAUUACUGGACAAGAUCUACGCGUGCGAAAAAACAUUUGAAAGGCUUUUUAUCGGUGCUAUAUUCGGAAAUAAGGCGCCACACUUUAUAGCAGGUUGGAAGAGUGAUUUUGAUGACCAGGAAGAAAAUUUGAGGGCGGUGGUGUAUUUUUUGGAUAGGGCUAAUAAAGCGUGUCUAAACUACUGUUUUAGUGAUGAUAUAAUAUACAGGUUUAUCGAUGUACCCAUAGAAAACUGCGGCAAAUCUUCUCCGGUGAAAAUUGUAACUCAAUUAGGUUUACCAGAUAAACUAUUGAUAUUUUUACGAUAUGGGGCUUCGAUUUAUAAUGAAGAGGAUGAUGGUAAUCCUAUAGAAAUUAUUAUGAAAAGACUACUAGAGUUUAACCAUGUGUAUCCGUUCACCUUGGUGGCUUGCCUUCAGAUAUUAUUAAGAGUUACCCCCACAGUAAAAUUUAGACAUUUGGAUGAUUCAGUUACGACUCAAUCUUAUAUAGAAGAAAAUUAUGCCGAGCUAGUUAGUGACGCGAUUUUACCCAUAACAAGGUGUGGUGUUAUACCCCCAGAUUUAAAACAUAUUUGUAGAUGUGUUAUAAGAGAUAAAAUGAUGGAAAAUUACCAACUACCAAUUGGUAUAAAAGCAUUACCAAUACCUUACAACCUACAAAGAUAUAUUGAUAUUUUGGAGGACUAG